CUCUCUUGUUCCCGAUCCAUGGGUGGUGUCUACACUGACUCGGGGUUACACGCUACAGUUCCGCCGCCGCCCUCCUGUUCCUGGUCGAAUCAGGAUGACAGUGAUUCACGACCAGGCAAAGGCUCAGGCUCUGAGCCACGAGAUAGAUGCCUUGCUGGCCAAGGGCGCUAUAUUGCCUGUCGACCCCCUGCAGGAUCCAGGGGGCUUUUACUCAAAGUAUUUUUUAGUCCCAAAAAAGACCGGCGGACUCCGUCCAAUUUUGGACCUCAGAGGUCUCAAUGUGUUUUUGAAGACUAUCCCGUUCCACAUGUUGAGCGUCAGGGAUGUGCUUCAGACAAUCUCCCCAGGCGACUGGAUCACCUUGGUCGACUUGAAGGACGCCUACUUUCAUGUUCCGAUUGCAUCACACCAUUGGCAGUUUCUCCGCUUUGCAUUUCAGGGCAGGCAUUUUCAGUUCAGAGUUCUUCCAUUUGGCCUCUCUCUGUCCCCACGGGUGUUCACUCGGUGCGUGGCUGCAGCACUGUCUCCUCUGCAGGCCAAGGGCUUGAAGAUCCUGCCUUACUUGGACGAUUGGCUAAUCUGUGCGCCCACAGAAGCUCAGGCGGCGGCGGACACACACACGUUACUCCAUCACAUAGACUUGUUGGGUCUUCGUGUGAACUGGCAGAAGAGCAACUUGGUUCCCUCUCAGCAGGUCACCUUUCUUGGGGUCACGAUGGACUCCCUCACGAUGACUGCUCGCCCAUCGCCUCAGCGUGUCGAGGGCAUUCUGGAGAUGCUGCCCUCCUUUCUACCAGGCUGCGUACCCCCCUUUGUUGCUUACCUUCGUCUGUUGGGCAAGCUGACUGCUGCUGCUACAGUAGUGCCCCUGGGGUUGUUGUCUCUGCGACCGCUACAGAUGUGGCUCAACAGCCUGAGGCUGGACCCAUCUCGUAUGCAGCACCGCCGCCGGAGACUGCUGGUGUCCAAUCAAUGCCUCGGGUCACUGGCUCAGUGGCGAGAGGCCGAGUUUAUGACCGAAGGUGUUCCGCUGGGCUCGCUCCCGGCUCGUCGAGAAGUUGUCUCUACCGACGCAUCCACCACAGGAUGGGGGGCGUCGUGGCAGCGACAGAUUGCCCGGGGGACAUGGUCUCCGCAGGAAAAGCUGCAGCACAUCAACGCCUUGGAGUUGGAGGCUGUGCAGCGGGCGUUGCGACACUUCCUCCCGGGCCUGCGCAGAAGGCAUGUCCUGGUAUGGUCGGACAAUACUUCUGUGGUUUUUCAUAUCAACCAUCAGGGGGGAACGCGGUCGAUAAUAUUGCUGAGGCUGACCCAGAAGCUCUUGACCUGGGCAGCCCCUCUUUUUUCCAGCCUAAGGGCGGCCCACAUUCCAGGGGUGCAGAAUGUCCCGGCCGAUAUUCUGUCUCGGGGACGCCCACCACCGGGGGAGUGGAGGCUCCACCCGGAGGUAGUGGGGGUCAUUUGGGAGAAAUACGGCAUAGCGGCUGUGGACCUGUUUGCGUCCCGGGAGACAACACAUUGCCCGCUUUGGUUCUCCCUGGCAGACAGUGCCAGUCCUCUGGGUCAGGAUGCACACGAUUGGCCAAGAGUGCUGCUCUAUGCUUUUCCGCCGCUUCCCCUGAUAGGCCCAACGCUCCUGAGAGUCCUUCAGGAGCCUUGA